CCCGAGGCUACGAGUCCAUCCCCACCUGGGGUCCGGUUCUCUCUCCUUGCUCUCUCGGCCGGCUCUCCGGCUGGCUUUCCUUCGAGGUGAGUCGGGAGCGAGUCGAGUCGAGUCGAGCCGUUAGUAUCGUUGCCGUUGCGACAGGAACGGUGGUGCAUGUGUGAUGUGCAUCGCGGCGGAGCGCGCAUCCUGAAGGACGGCGGAAGAUAUCGCGGAUACCAGGCACGGAGGUACACCCGGAGGUCCCCCAGUCGAACCCUCCCCUUUCCCCCCUUUUUCGCACCCCCUCGGUGCGAUCCCGCGGGAUUCGUGAGAGUCGUGCGCGCGCGCGCGCGCGCCCCCCGCGUUCUCCAAAAUCCGCCGAAGUGUGGUCCAGCUCUCCUCCUCGCGGUGCGCUCUUCGUGGCAGCCUCUCCUUCCUCGUGUGCGCGCUGAUGCCCACGUACAUCGACCACCACGUAAUCGCGGUGAGUGCGAGGUGAAGCUAACGGAAGAGACGGGAGAGAGAGAGAGAGAGAAAGAAGGUGAGAAGACCGAGAGGGGCCCCGUCGACGACGAAGAGGAGAGAAAGGAAGAGAGAAGAUACCGAAGAUAAAAUACCAAGAUGCCGUGCUCCGCGGUGACGCUGUCUCUUGCCACCAUAACCGGUAUAAUCGCCACUGCCCUCCUGGCGAUCGCCUUCUCCACGGACAACUGGCUCUACACCGAGGUCAAGCGCGCUCAGAUCCAGCAAUACGCGAGCAAGCAUGCCGAGCAGAGCCACUUGGUGGAGCAAAUGAACACGAAGUACUAUUAUUACACGAGGACUCAGGGUCUAUUUAGGAUAUGCUAUCCCAAAGAGAGGCCACCGACAGUUGAAACUUAUUUGAGCCCCGUGGAGACGCAUUGCAUGAAUAUCGAUUAUUUCAUUCCCGAUGAAGAAAAUCAAACGAGGGGCUUCUCCGACGACGCAAUGGCACGAUUACAUAUGGGGAGAUCCGUGAUAGCUCUGUUCAUGGUCGGCUUUCUCGCGAUAUUUUCGGCAUUCUGGACGGGAGUAGUGGGUUGCUGGAGAAGAUCACCAGGAAAUAUCACGGCCACGGCAAUUCUGAUGUUAUUCGCCUGCCUGCUAAGUGCUGGCGGUAUGGGCCUGUGGCACGGCGUCGAGUAUUAUGAAAAAGAGAAAAUCGUCGGGGAAGAAUAUUAUCAGCAAUGGAGCAACGUUUUAAGGGACAACGCGGCUCAGUGGUACGACUGGUCGUUUUACCUCGCCUGGCUGGGGGUGGCUACGUGUCUGGGCACAAUGACGCUAUUCCUGAUCGCGGCAUCCUGCCUGAGAAGGGAGCGUGCCCGCGAGCAGGCCCAGAACGUUCAGUACAUCAUGCCAGUGUACCCGCAGAAGCAGCAGUACGCGUACGCCGGAUAUCCGGCACCGGCGGCGGCGUAUCCGGGACCGUAUUAUCACGGUUCCCAGUACGGGCCCUACAACUACUGAAGAAACUCGGCCGAUCGGCAUCGAUGGAAAGAAAGUGUCCCGGGCGCGCCAGUGCUCGUCGCUAGCAACGAAAAUUCGCGUUUCACUUAGCAGAACGAGGACCAAAAGUAACUCAACACACGGAAUUCGAGAGACUCGCCGAGGUCGAUCCGUCGAUCGCGCUUCGCGACGCAGAGGAUCUGUCGAUCCGAAGCGAUCGCGCGUACCGUCGACCUCAAACGUAAAUUUAUAUUUACCCGCAAUUCAAAAUCCGUGGCUCCGGAUAUUACGCGAGAUUAUGAUCACGCCAUGAGAUUCUUCAAAAUACAAAAGCUCUUUAUUUCUUCCCGCGAUAGACCGAUCGUUUGACUCCAUCCGACCGGAAGCAAGAACCCGGGCAGCGCAAAAGUCCGAAAGACCCUGAGGUCCAAAAGAAGCCCGAGAAAUGAGAGGGAAUGUUUCUUUGGACUCUCUUACCGCGUCUUUCGGACGUUUGCGUUGCCCGGGAAGGCCGACUUGCGCGAGACGGUUGCUCAAAAUACGCGUACUUUACAUUUUAGGAGCGAGAUUACUUAGUAUUUUUCCAGUUCGAUAAGUAAGAUAUCGAUCGUCUCUCACGCAUCUUUCCCGCGCGUGUUGCUCGCGAGGGCGAUGAAUUCGCCGCGCUCGCGAGUGCGACACGCGUUUCCAUCGGGCUCCGAUGAUCGGUUUCACCGAGCUUUCUCGAGUCCCCAUUAACGUGCGUUACAUCGACGGCUCAUUCAUCACGGUAACGGCAAAAAAAGAGAGGGACCCCGACGGAAAACGCAGUCGGGCGAUCACCGCCGCGGAUUUAACGGACGUUACCGGACGUUACUCCGUCUCGAUGAAACUCGGUAAAAACAGUCGUGAGCAAGUUGUAACUGAUUCGAUCGACCACGUCGAUUGAAUUUAGAUCCGCGAAGCUUGGCUCGCGUUGACGCGCCGCGCGUUUACUAUUAUUUAUUUAACGCGAACGAAGCUCAAGUUUCUCUCACCCGCGAGGAGGGAGAAAUGUCGUCGAGUCGCGCGAGCGAAGCGCAAAAAGGACACGAAUACGAAAACAUCACGUUCAUGAACGCUCUCGCCUUCCUUGGUAGUACCAAAUAUUAAAUAAAUAUCCCGACUAUAUACGUAUAUAUAAAAGCAAGUAUCGCGAUUUCGCA